ACUGGUGAACAAUUGUUUGUUCUAAUAAUGCAGAGAUAAAAAUUUAUAAAAUGUCUGUCCAACCUUUUGAUAGUUUACAUGAAGAUUUAAUACAUGAUGUUGCCUAUGACUUUUACGGAAAACGCUUUGUAACUUGUUCUUCUGAUCAAAAACUUAAAGUAUGGGAAUUCAACCAGGAAACAAAUACUUGGGAACAAGUUGAUUCUUGGAAGGCACAUGAAUGCUCCGUUUUAAAAGUUGCUUGGGCUCACCCCGAGUUUGGUCAAGUAAUUGCUUCGUGUUCUUUUGACCGAUCUAUUCGUAUCUGGGAAGAACAAGAACAUGAAUCAAAAAAUAGUGGAAAACGAUGGAUGGAAAAAGCGCGUUUAAUUGAUGCUAAAGGUUCUGUUCAAGAUAUCGCAUUCGCGCCAAAUUUCAUGGGCUUAAGAUUAGCUUCAAUUGCUGCUGAUGGUGUACUUAGAAUAUAUGAAGCUCUUGAAGUAUCCGACUUGACACAAUGGACUUUAAUGGACGAAAUAAAUGUGCAUUCGUCUAGAAAUGCUAAUCCAUCUACAUUUAAAGACGCGGAGGAAAGUUAUUGUCUUUCAUGGUGUCCGUCUCGUUAUCAAUUUCCAAUGAUUGUAGUUGGUUGUGGGAAAGAAAAUAGCGCCAAAAUAUUCCGUUGUGAUCAAAAUAGUAAAUGGCGUUCAUGUGAGAUAUUGGAUGGACAUCAAGAUUUAGUACAUGAUGUAGAUUGGGCUCCAAAUAUGGGAAGGAGUUAUCAACUUAUUGCAACAGCUUCAAAAGAUACUCGCGUCAGAAUUUAUAAAUUGACAGGUAAUAAAGAUGGGUUUAAAGUUGAUGCAGUAGCAGAAUUUCUCGAUCAUGACAGAGAGGUAUGGAAAGUCAAAUGGAAUGUAACGGGCACAAUUUUGUCUUCGGCAGGAGAUGACGGAAAAGUUCGCUUGUGGAAAGGUAAGAAUAAUAUUGACUAUUAACUUUGCAAUUAUCAACAUUUCAUUGAUUAAAAGUUUAUAAAAACUGUUAUUGUUAUUAUUAGCUGGAAAUGAGGAAGGGUUUA